CCCUAUUCCCAGAACUCAUAUCUGAACUUGAUGCGCGGCUCCCUCCCUCUCCGUAGAGGUUCAAAUAGUACUUAAGACCAGAGUUAGCUUUCGCAGUUGUUUUUUUUUCUUUGAUUCGAUAUAUGAUUUAGUAAUGGAUAAAUGCUCUGGUCAAGAAAAGUGCUUUGUUCCUGAAGAUGUUCUCCAGGCAGUUCUAAGUGUUUCAAACUCAUCUAACCUUUUGGAAUCCUUGGAAGAGUUAAUACUAGUUUGUAAAACCGACUCUGGUCGCGAAGACCUUGCUUCCAAGAAUGUUCUUCCCACAGUGCUCCAGCUCAUUCAAUGUCUCUCAUACCCGUCUGAUCACUACCUUCUGACAUUGUCCUUAAGGCUUUUAAGAAAUCUGUGUGCUGGGGAGGUGGCAAAUCAGAACUCAUUUGUUGAAGAAAAUGGGGUUGCAAUCAUAUCCGAUGUUUUGAGUUCUGUAAUUUUGCUGGAGCCCGAUUUUGGGAUUAUUUGUGUGGGCUUGCAAGUUCUAGCUAAUGCUGCAUUGGCUGGAGAACGACAGCAGCAUGCAAUUUGGCAGCAACUCUUUUCCGAAAAGUUUCUUGCUCUUGCAAGAGUUCGUAGCCAGAAGACGUGUGGCCCGCUGUGUAUGAUUAUCUACACUUGCUGUGAUGGAACCCCUGAACUGGUUGCACAGCUUUGUGGUGAUUGUGGAGUAACUAUUGUGAAAGAGAUUGUAAGGACUGCUGCUGCAGUUGGUUUUGGAGAAAAUUGGUAUAAACUGCUUCUUUCAAGAGUUUGCUUAGAGGAACCUUACUUCCGGCCACUUUUCUUUAGUUUAGAACAUGGUGGUGGAAGUGAGAAUGGUGAAGAUACAGAACGUGGGGAAUUUGGGGGAGAGUCUUUCUCAAAGGACCAAGAUUUUUUGCUAAAAAACGUAUCAGAGAUCUUGAAUGAACGCCUUAACGAGCUAAGUGUUCCAAAUGAAUUUGCUUUGUGUGUUUUUGGAAUCUUCAAGAACUCCAUUACAGUUCUUAGUCAUGCAACAAGAGGCAGUUCUGGACUACCAACAUGCUCUGUUGAUAUAGAUGUCUUAGGAUAUUCGCUUACAAUCUUGAGAGAUAUAUGUGCUCAAGGGACACUAAGAGGAUUGACGGAGGAUAAUAUGGAUGUGGUGGAUGCUUUGCUCUCCUAUGGUCUCAUUGAAAUACUGUUGUGUUUGCUUCAUGACCUAGAGCCACCAGCAAUAAUUAGGAAAUCCAUCAACCAAGCAGAGGACCAAUAUGGAUCAACUUCUUCUACAUUGAAACCAUGUCCGUACAAAGGCUUUCGGAGAGACAUUGUUGGAGUCAUUGGCAAUUGUUUAUAUGGACGGAAGCUUGUGCAGGAUGAGAUUAGAAGAAAGAAUGGGCUCCUUCUGUUGUUACAACAAUGUGUAACAGAUGAUGACAACCCGUACUUAAGGGAGUGGGGCAUUUGGUGUGUGAGGAACUUGUUGGAGCGCAACGAAGAAAAUCAACAGGCAGUGGCUGAAUUGGAACUUCAAGGGUCUGUUGAUGUUCCUGACCUUGCUCGACUUGGUCUCCGAGUAGAGAUGAACCCGGAAACUGGACGUCCAAAGCUUGUUAAUAUCUCGUGAGGAACUUGUGAGUAGGGGUUGGAGUUUGAUAGUGCAUUGACCUCGAUGACCUAUACUGUUAUUUGGAUGAAGCUGUGAUGCGUGAAAACGUACACCAAUCAAGGUCUUAGGUGCUAAACUUGUCAAAGGUGCAACUUUAUCUUAUGACUAUAGAAAUAGAGGUUUUAUUGCUUUCUAGUCUUGAUGUGUUCACAACUUCAAAUUUUGAGGAUGUUUGUUUUUUCAUUUCGUAGUUUAAUCUGAAUAGGCACCUUUGUUCGCAUUUGUUUCCCUUUGAUCAUAUUAGCGUAGCUUGCAUCGAGAUGUCUUCACUAUUGCUUGACCCUUUGCGGUCGUUUGACUCGUGUCAUUGGACUCCUUCCAUUUUUGUGAGUAAAGGAUAUAAUUUUAUCAUUUU